ACUAGCUAAUUUUCGUUUGUAAUUUGGUUGUCAAAGAUUUUUGUGAAAUUGUAUAAAUAUGUGGUUCACAAACCCGAUUAAUAUUAACAGUUAUUAUCAAUUUAAACAGUUUGAGACGAUCCUAUUCGAAAAGUAAAAAGAAAAUUGCCAUGUCUAGAUGCGAGCAUGCUGGUGCAGCUAUUGUUGACAGCUUUGCUGGCUGCCGGCAUGACUCCAUGCGUUGUACAGAGACUGUGCCCGUUGCGAAGACCGCGCCCACCUUCCAGCGUAUGCAUGCACCGCCUCGACCAAACCCAAACACGAUAAAAUACAAGUAAUCUCAGAAUCGAAGAUCAUAGUACGGGCGUUCCCACACGCGUGAGAUGCGCUCGCAAAUAAAGCACGACGCGCACGCAUCCGGGCGCGAAUGUUCGUGCCAUCGUUGUUGUGGGUGCCGCUGGCUAUUGUGCUGUUGUUACUGUCGCUGUGCCUGUCACAAAACCACCACAUGACUUCGUUGCUGAUUACCGCGCUUCUCGCCGUUCUUGGAUGUGUUCAUACGGCAACUACAGGAUGCAAGAGCUGUAUUGCUUUAGGCAAAGAAGAGAAGGCAAUGUUUCGCGCCCACUCUGAAGCUUGUCUACCACAGUCAGAAGUGGAUCCUAAACUGGUAGACGCCAUGUUGAACGGAGAGCUGCUCGAUGACCAGGCGUUAAAGAAGCACGUAUAUUGUGUCCUGCUCAAAUGUAAGGUGAUAAGCAAAGACGGCAAACUCCAGAAGACUGCUGUUACGGGAAAGAUGUCAUUGAGAACUAAUGGAAAGAAUGCUACAAAGAUUCUGGAAAGCUGUGCUGAACAGAACGGUGAUACUCCUGAUACACCUGAAGAUGUUGCUUGGAACAUGUUCCGUUGUGGUUAUGACAAGAAAGCCAUUCUCUUCGACUACAUGCCGACAGAUGCCGCUAGCGGAGACUUAGAAAAUAAUUCUCAGUAACUUAAUAAAUCUUUUUUAGUAUACCUUUUAAAUACUUUUAAUUGUAUACGUACAUUUUAGUUUUCAGUAUAAGAAAGUUAAAAUUAUAUUUUAAAUUUAAUAUUCCAUGCUUUUGUUAACGUUUUGUGUUUUUUGUUAUUUUCAUACUCAUUUUUCACACAUUGAUUAAAUACUCCUAUACAUUUUAAUAAACAAAACAU